UCCAGUUCUAAUUCUCAAUAGUCGUCUUCUGGGUAUAAACGGGGAAGCAGGUGUCUUGCUUUUUGAAGUUUUGACUUUUUAAUGUAGGGAGAAACUCCCUUUUCCUGUUGAGACUUUUGGUGCGAGAUUAAGGCGUGGGCACGUGGUUUUGACGAAAUAGUUUCAUUUUUGUUGUCUAGUCUUCUGUGUUGGAAACGUGUUUAAGAUUACAAUACAUUCUGUAUCGAGUGUGAUGAAGGGAUACUGAGCAAGGUGAACCGGGACUUAAUGUUAACUCCCAAUCUCUGCCUGAAAAAAACCCGGUUAGAGACUGCUCCAUUCACCCUUUGAGGAACAAUCCUAAAAUAUCACGAUCUUCUGGGAGCAGGAAUUUUUGCCUUGUCGGCCAUAAAUGGAAGGUAGCAGGAUGAAGGUCACCAAACAAGAGGAAAAAAGAGACCAAAGAAUCAAUUCUUUUUCAAGCUCGAGUGCUAUCAAUGCAUCUAAAAUGAGCUUUGCCCUGGCUAGAAAUAUUGACAAACUGAGUCAUAAUUUUCCAUCUGCAAUUGUACAUCAGAAACCUCUGCCAGCUCUGGAGAAGGUUGCGCCACCAAGGUGCAUUCGCAUUAUUCACCAGCCACGCAAAUGUUAAAAUAACUUGAAACUUGCCAUGAUCAACAGCAGCCAGUAUGAACAUUGAAGAAAGCAUGAUUAUAAUUAGUGCGGAGCUAGAGCUCUGUAGCUUUGCAAAAGUUGUCGCAGUGGAUCAUGACAUUUUAGUUCAAUUUGCAAAUCAUAAAAUGAUCUAAUUAGUGCCUUUGAUUAAUUUGUGUUGUCUUUUGAAACUAAAUGAUUAACUUCAAGACAUUGUAGAUAACAUUGCACUUAUAUGGUUAGAAAAGAGAAAAAUGCAAACUUCUUUGUAAAAAUAAACUUGCUCUUGCCAAUAAACUAACUUCUUGACCUGCACAA